AUGGAGGGCUUCGACACCAUGGCUAUGCCGCCGUACCUGGCCAGUCCGCUGUCCCUCGGAAAUCUCCAGGGAACCGACUAUCUGAAUGCCAUGCCUGGCUUGGACCUGCCCGACCACCGGUCCAACUUCGAUACCGAGACCUUUGUCAGCGAUGAUAUCGCCUUUCAACAAAACAACAUCCAACACUCGCUCAAGCGCUUUCCGUCCGGAUAUGAGGACCCUUUCACCGAUAUGGUCGCUCCCUUUGACCCCGUGCCGCCAGAGCAGCCCCAAGAUUCCUCCAUCGACCACAACAACAAGCUGCUAAGUUUUUCCCUGCCGGUCUAUCACUUCACCUUGCUCGACUACUCAAUGCGGAGGACGUCAUUAUCCGUGUCGGCGCAGCUACACGGGAUGUUCUUCCUCGCCGAGUCGCCUUACACAACCUCGCCUUCCGAGCACGCGCCACCCCAGCAAGGCGCCGAACUGACCUGCUAUCGUCGCAAUCUGUUCCAAAUCACCGGAUCGGUCACUCUGCCGCGAGGGAUGCGCUAUAUCAUGACCGAUCAAGGCGACCGCAUUCCAAUUCUCGCCCAGGAGCUCACCGUCUCGGCCACCGAAUCUGUCGAGGGGAACCCGGUUAAGAUCAUCUCUGUGCCGUGGAAAACACCGUCGGCAGCCGCUGCCAACUCCGGCACAGCUGUCGAGGAGAGCAACCCCGGCACGGGUGCCAAGGUGGAGAAGGAACCGCCACCAAUCCCGCUGGACAUCAUGGCCGGACAAGACCUGGAUACCGACUACGCGACCUUCCCCAUCGCCUGGAAGCGUCUGCAGUUCCGCGUGGCCACCGCCAACAAUGGACGUCGGAAGGAAUUACAACAACAUUUCGUGGUUCGGCUCAAGGUGGUCGCUACCUUGUCGACCGGCGCCAAGAUCUCCAUCUCGGAGGUGCAGUCGGGACCGGUCAUCGUGCGUGGCCGCAGCCCACGGAACUUCCAGUCCCGCAAGGACCUGCCAUUGAGCGGUAGUGCUGCCGCCUCUCGCAAGAACCAAGCAAACAACGCGCCGACCCUCAACCGCACACCAACUAACGAGUCCGUCCCACGCCGCGCCAGUAUCACCCCUGCCAAGGCCAAGGCCUCAUCGGGUGCAGUGCAGAGCAGCUCCCCAGAGACAACGUCCGUUCCCCCACCUAGCAUCCUUCAGCAGCCGCAAAUGACGCCAGACUGGACGUCGAUCCCGCAGUCCGCAUCGAGCAAUGUCAUCCCUCAGGCACAUCAGUCCUACUUUCCUCAGUCCAGUCCAGAACAACUUUCUCAGGCAGCUGAGCACCAACGCCGUGUGAGCACUGUGUCCGUUGGUGCUGCAGCACCGAUCAACUUGUCCCUGCUGGAUGAGGAAGAGGGCGGGGAUUCCAAUCUUCAAUUAGACUCCGCGAUGGUGACUCCUUACAAUACUAGCGAGAUACCCCCGCAGCAGAUCUCUCCUCAACAAAUUUCUCCUCAGCAGAUCUCUCCCCAGCAGAUUUCCCCUCAACAGAUGCCUCCUCAGCGGGCCAUUAACCUCGAUCCAUCCAUUCCGCCGGCCAAGAUGCGCAAGAUGUCUCAUUCCCAUGGCCCGGCACGCAGCACCGUGUCGUCCUUGCCUUUACUGGAGACGGCCAAUCUGCCGCACCAGUUUGCAUCUUCGCUGCCCUUCCCGAACGAGAGCACGGAUCUGCUGUACGAGUACUUUCCUCUCGGACUGGAUGACUGGCAGGCACCCGUUGAUGCCGUCUACCGGCCGCAUGUCGUCCACCACACCAACAUGCCCGAGGUGAAAUUCGCCGCCACUCGUGGGCGGAAUAAGCGGUACUUCGCCGCAGAAGAUGUCUUCUGA